UUUCUCGCGCAUGCGUAUUGUUGAUGACUCGCUAGCUUCGUUAGCCAAGUAGAUUGGUUGAUGUCCUCCCUCCAACCUUUAACUGUCUGACUUUAAGUCAGUACAUUAGUCUGCUGUUGACAAUCCUUCGUUAUUCCACCAUGCUACAAUUCCUGGCUGGUUUUACUUUGGGGAACGUUGUGGGGAUGUACCUGGCUCAGAACUAUGAGGUUCCCAACAUAGCCAAGAAAAUUGAGGCCUUUAAGAAAGAUGUGGAGGCCAAGAAGAAGCCCCCAGAGUGAGGAAAGCCGGACCAUGUCGCAAGAAGAGAUGCACUCUGUAGAGAAACUUAUUUAUUUUACAGGGAUAUAAUACAAUGAGUGUACAUUUGAUAAAAGGAUUGAUAUUAUGAAAUAUAUUUGAGAAUAUUAACAGUGCCUGGAACCAUAUUUGUUUCUUCCCUUUAGUUUUAUAGGCAUGUUCUCAUGUGGCCUAUUUUUAUAAGACAAAUUGUGCAAAGACUGGAUUUAAAGAAUGUAACAAGUGACUAAUGGGAUCACUUCAAGUCCAGUAUCAUGGCACUGUUGACUGGUGUUUUCUAGGAUGCACUGUGGUGUUUUAACUUGCACAUUACGUUCAUAUUCUCAACAUUAGGUGUAUAUUAAGUGAACAUUAAAAGAGCUUCUCUGUUGUCGCCCACAAAGUUUAAAGGUCUCCUUCACAAGCUUCAAGUGUAUCAAUAACUGCCAACUUUCGACACAAGUGUAAACACAACUCUGGAUCAUUCAGCUUACAAUAAAGUUGCUGUAUAUGAA